GCAAAGGAUUUUCCGAUAGGAAUGGAACAUUUUUGUUAUGCGUUCCACGGAAUAAAAAGUGAUUUAAUUAAUUUUAAUUUAUAAACUCCACUGCUUCUAAUUGUCAUUCACAAUUAUCGUCGACAUGGCACCUCAGGCAAAACGACGCAAAAUAGCCAGCGCUGUCGAGGAGAUCAAUUUUGAUCCAGCGGCGAGGCAAGAGUUCCUAACAGGAUUUCACAAGCGCAAAUUACAGCGUAUAAAGGUGGCUCAAGAAUAUGCGGAACAGAAAGCUCGUGAAGAAAAGAGAGAGGAAAGGAAAAAGAUUCGUCAGCAAAGAGCAGCAGAGUUACAACAAGCUUUGGAUACAUCUCGACAAAUGCUUGACGAAGCCCGUGGUGACCUUUCGCAAUCGGAGAGCGAAAAUGGAAGUGAAGAUGAGUGGGAAGGGUUUGGAGAACCAGUUCCAGUGGACCAUGAAGCAGAGUACAUCGAUGAAGACAAAUACACCACGGUGACAGUCGAGGAAAUGGGUGUCUCGAAAGAUGCCUUCCAAGAUAACAGGGAGCAUACCCCGACUGAUGGUGAUUCCAGUCAUGAAAGAAAUGACAAAGAGAAAGGUAGUUCGACGACCAAGCCUCCCAAGAAAUCAAGCAACGAAAAGAAAAAGAAAAAGAAAUUUCGUUAUGAGUCGAAAGCAGACCGUAAGGUCACUCAGAAGAAGCAAAGGAUGGGUAGUCGGAGGCAGGCAAAGGCAAGACGAGAAGGCUAAGUGAUUUGAAAAGCAGCCUACCUAAAAACGAUAGUCUGGUAGAGUUUCCGCAUCACAUUCUCACGAACCACAAUGUCGCUGUGAAUUAAUAAAGGGAGGAUCAAUCAGGGGAAUCCGAAAAAAAUCGAUACGAAUCGUCCUUGGAUUUGGGGUAAAUUUAAACGGCUAAUUCAUUGCUAAUGACGCCACAUGAAACGAUCCUCCUAACAAAACAACAACUGAUGGAUAUUUCGAAA